AUGACUGUCAAUGAUAUUGUAAGUAUUUUUUAACUUUUAAUUGUAUUUUUCCAUCAUAUUUUACUGAAAGUUGCAAAUGUUUUAUUUGUUUUUCUCGCACAAAAAUCAAUUGUGAAGUUUCGCCUACCAAUUUAUUAUUUUUUUUUUUAUUUUUGUAAUUUUUAUGAAUUUGAAAGGCUUUUAAACAAUAUUCCUUUAGGAAAUAGCCAUAUCUGAUGGAUUAUUCUUUGUAUUUUCAAAUGCCAACGUUUGGCCGGCGUCAGAAUCCUUCAAAUCGUUGAUAACAUGGAACUUUCAUUGCUGUUGCGGUUUGAGCGGGAUAUUUGGCGUCGUACCUUUAUUUUACAGGUAUCAAACGUUUGUCAAGUAAGUUUUGUUACCUGUAGAGCAUGUAAUUCUUAAUUUUGUAUUUUGAUUUCAAAGAUAAUUUUUUUAUCUUAUUUGGUACAAUUGAAAUUUUACUAUUUUUAAUUACAUUUUAAUAAUUUUAAACUUUAGAGGAGAAAAGAUAAAGUUAUACAAGAUGAUACCUUGGAUUUUGAUUCCAUUUUGGAACACUGGUUUUGCCUUGAUCACUGUAUAUCAAUAUCAACCUCAUCGAUUGGAAUAUAUUCAGGUUUUGAACUCAAAAGUAUGGCCGGACGCUAACGAUUUGUUUUACAUUGUUUCUGAUGCUGUAAGUUGAACAGUUGAUAUGUCAGAAUUAAAAUAAUUUUUUUUUAAAGUGGCUCUGUAGCUCUUCAAACUCCGACGAUCUAACACUGCAUUUUAGGACGGAGUGAUAGGGAACUUAUAUGGAUUGUCGUGUAUGAUCACAUUUACCUUUGCUUUUGCGUUUUCUGGAUAUAUGAUAACACAAAUUCAAAGGAAAAUGAGAGAAAAUGCGGAGAAACUAUCAGAGAAGACAAGGAAAAUGCAAGCUAGCUUCAAUAGGAUUGUCGUUGGACAGGUGAGUCUAAUAUCAAAGUUGUUUGUACACUUUUAUUGAAUAAUUUAGUUAAAUGACUCUAAUAUCAUAUUAUUUUACCUUUGGCUUUUGUUAUGCGCUUGAAAAAUUGAAAUUAUAAAAACUUCAAAUCGUGUAAACUAUAUUUUAAAAAUUAAAAAGAAACUAAAAAAACCUUUCUAGUUAUUUAUGGCGAUAUUACUUGGCAUAACGCCAGUUCUCGGCGUGGUAACUGAGCUCCAACUAAAGUUACAUGACUCUAAUGUCCACUUUGUUAUGCAUGUGUUUAUGUCAUUUCUACCGGUCGCAAAUUCUCUUACGACUUUAUGUUUCUUCAGACAUUACAGGAGAACUCUUGUUAA